UGAUAACAUAUGAUUUAAUUAUGCAGCAUGUAUUUAUGAAAAUAUAAAUUUAGAAAUUAUCGAUCCUAGUAAACCUAGGUAGUUAAAUAAUAUCUAAACUUAAAACAUUUAAUGAAUGCUUGGCCGUCAGAAUCAAUGGAUGAUUCUUAUAAAUUAGUUUAAACAAAGGUUUAGAAAGUUGUGUGAGGUUGAUUUGCAAUAAACCUUAUUGACCGUUUACGAUAAAAUCAGCGAUCUAAGUAAAAGGAUUACAAUAUGAAAUUGGAAAAUGUUCAAAAUCAGUUACAGUUAGAAAAUUCACAGGCAGAAGAAAAUGGUGAAACCGAGGCAAAAGUAGAAGAAGUCUUCAAGAGUGUUACCCACUUACACGAGGUGAAUGAAGAUUCAUCCGACGAAUCGUCGAGUUCAAAUGGCUUGCCGCUAAGGGAAAUGAGCGUUAUUCACGAUCUAUCUGUGAAAUCAAAAGGAAAGCAACAUCCGUCAUUGAAGGAACCGGAUAUCAAUACGAUCACCGUUGGCACUAAGAAAGAUGGAAACAAAGAGGCAACUCAUGAAGUUAUUGAAAACGAACUGCCUCCUGCUACUGAAGCUCCCCAGCUGGUGAACGAAACAAAUCGGAUUAAGAAUGAAGAAACUGUUACGCGAAAAACCUCCGUUUCCGGAGAAUGUAAAAUUAAUAAACCUUCUGCUACUCCAGCUACCAAGCUUGCCGAGGAACAAAAGAGUUGUAUUAAGAAGGAUAAUGGUACUCGAAAAACCGGAGAAUGUAUGAUAACAAAGGAUACCAAAGAUACCGUACCGCCAUCGGUCAAAGCAGAAAACACAUUGUCGAAUGGACCAACCUUGGUGAAGGAACAAUUGAAACCUGAGGAAACCUUGAACAGACCAAAACUUGAUGAGAUUUUUCCAACUUCCGUCGAUGGAAGCAAACUGGAUAUCAAUUGUGAGUCCACCUGUGCACGUCAAACAACAGAAAAGGCGGUUGCCGUUGAAGAAAGAAUGAAUUCUUGUUCUCCUGUUCCAGCGAAAAAAGCAAAAGUGGAAAUUAUUGAAACUACUUGUAAAGCUUCUUCGACACCAAAAGCUGAAACAACAACUCCCCUUAUAACAAACUCAGAGGUGAUGAAGUCUUCAACUCCUGAUCCACCAUCUCCACUAACAUCAGUGAAGGACCCGGGGGAAAAACCACCUGCGAAAAAAACAUUGCCAGCUGUAACUGAGAACAAUCAGGUUAAAACAGAAAAUAAAGCAAAUAAUGCUGUGAAUCCUGUCGUUGUACAGAAAGAAGAAAAGAUUAAUGAAGGUGCUAAAGCAAAGUGUCCUAAUACGGCUUCAUCUUCCAAAAGUUGCAGUGCAGCACCUACCCAAGAGAAAAAGGAGAGCAAAAAGCGUUCGUUAUCGAAACCUAGGUCCUCGGCGGCUGUAGGUCAGAAAGUGCCGCCUAAAGAAUCCAUGAUGGCUGGUGGCGAAUGUUUCGCUCCCGUUGACGGUAUCGACCAGGAAACGAGAGGUAGCGCCGCUGCUGUUACAACUAGGAGGACCAGUAUAACUCACCAGCGAGGUAGAGACAGUAAUGUAACAACGGCAGGCAUAGCCAAACAUAUAAAUAAGUUGCGGAAUAAUCAACACUGGAAGAAGAAACACCUGGUGAUCGCCGGAGGUCUCGGCAUCGCGAUGGUCUGCUUUUACGCCUACUACAAAACCAAGACGUGACAUAGACGAAACGUCGUUGUUGUCUUGUGGAGUAUCAAGUCAGGCGGAGUGAGUUUUUGUCACUGUUUUGAUGUGCUUCAUGGAAUUGAAGAAUUCAAGAACUCUGUUCUUGGAUUUUGGAAAAAGGUUAAUAAAUAUUUAUCACUGUAACUUGUUUUCAUGGUUUGUGGUUCACAAUUUUUAAAGAAUAAAAUCAGUUUCAGACACUCUAUUA